AUGGCGCACUCAAGUCUCUCGCCGCCGGAGUCGUCAUUGACCUCCUCUAUCUCUCCAGCCCGACCUUUCGCUGGGACUCGAGCCUAUACUGCUCCGGACAAAAUGGCGGUCAAUGGCCAUUUCGCCUCCGUCGGGCAGAACGGAGACGCCAACUUUGAAAAUGGGGUGCAGGUUAUUGACGAGAACAAAGAGUUCAAUGCCGAUCUCGCGAAAUAUCUCAAUUACACAGGAGUAUCCCACGCCGGCUUCAAUUACCAUCUCAUUUCCGUGUUCGGUUCGCAGUCGACCGGCAAGUCCACCCUUCUCAAUGCCCUCUUCAAGACCGAUUUCUCUGUCAUGGCCGAAACUGAAAGGAGACAAACGACCAAGGGAAUCUGGUUGGCAAAGAAUAAAUCGACCUCGACCAAGAUGGCAGACAACAUCUUGGUCAUGGAUGUCGAGGGUACAGAUGGCCGUGAAAGAGGGGAGGACCAAGAUUUUGAACGAAAGAGUUCGCUGUUCGCUUUAGCGACGAGUGAAGUGCUGAUGGUCAAUAUCUGGGAGCAUCAGGUCGGCCUGUACCAAGGCGCGAACAUGGGACUACUGAAAACCGUGUUCGAAGUGAACCUACAACUCUUCCUGAAAGACAGGAAGUCGACGUCCCGCAGCCUGUUAUACUUUGUCAUUCGAGACUUUCUGGGAACUACGCCUCUGCAGAAUCUCCGGAAUACUUUGAUGCAGGAUAUGGGUCGCAUAUGGUCGAGCUUGUCGAAACCGCCUGGACUCGAAAAGAGCAGCAUUGAUGAUUAUUUCGAUUUCGCAUUCACGGCUCUGCCGCACAAGUUGUAUCAGCCAGAACAGUUCAAAGCAGAGGUCGCGAAGAUGGCAACGCGGUUCAAUGAAAGUCGCCGCGAUCCACGGAGGGAUGCGUUGCUCGGGGAAUUCGAGGGUGGUGUUUUCUUGCCCGAAUAUCAUCGCAGGAUCCCGGCAGAUGGCUUCUCUCACUAUGCCGAGGGUAUAUGGGACCAAAUUGUCAAUAACAAGGACCUGGAUCUUCCAACUCAGCAAGAACUCCUGGCCCAGUUUCGUUGUGACGAGAUUAUGAGGGAGGUGAUGGUCGACUUUGAUGUCGCCAUAAAUCCUUUGGAAGCCCAACAAGGCGAUGCUGCCAGAACGGGCAAGCCGGAGGUAAUUCCUGGACUGGGCGCUGCAAUGAAAGCAGCCCGGAAUGAAGCUGUCAAAAACUUCGAGACGGAAGCGAGCAGAUAUCAUAAGGCGGUCUAUCAGCGGAAACGGACCGAGUUGGAAAGCAAGAUUGAUACCCGACUCAAAGCACUCUUCGCCGGGCAGCUCAAUGCGGCGCACAAGGAUGGCGUCCAGCAGUUUUCCGAUGCCGUCAGCGCUGCAGUCAAAGCUGGACAAAAGAAAGGGGCGUCAUAUGACUUCGCCGAAAUUGUGAAGGAGCAGAAAGAGGUUGCGCUUCAGAGAUUCGAGUCUCAUGCCAAGGAGGCUGUUAUCCAGGGCUUGUCGUGGUCCAACUACAAGCAGGAAAUGACGCUAUUUCAGAAGGAUCUUGACAAGAUUUCUGGACAGCUGCGUCGUGACGAGAUGCGCCGUCUAGCCACGAGAGUGGAGAGAUGGGUCCGAAGCAAACUCAGCGACAGUAUCGGUGUGGAAUUCAAUGCGCUGGGAUCUGGUCGCAGUGGUUCCGGAGCUCCUGAGACCGGGGACAAGCCGUCAGAGCGAGAUAUCUGGGACCGCAUUUGGAAUUUGUUCACCUCCACGGUCGAAGAAGCCGAGAAGCGCUUUGCUGAUCGCGCCGCGUCCUUUGAUGCGAGCGCGGAAGAGGUCGAGGUGGGCAUCUGGCGACUAAGAAGAAAAUCCUGGGGCGUCCUACGCUCCAAGAUUGAAGAAGAAAUGAUGGAAGGCAACCUCUUGUUGAAACUUCGAGAAAAUUUCGAGGACAAAUUCAGAUACGAUGAAGCCGGUGUCCCCAGAAUAUGGCGGCCAACGGACGACAUUGAGGGCAUUUACACCAAGGCCCGAGAAAGCACAUUGACACUGAUCCCUCUGCUUGCCCGGUUCCGGCUUUCGGAUACCGGAAGCCCCCCUCCCCUUGAUCGAUGGAUCGGACCUGCGCCGGCCGCAGUCACCCCGGCGGAUGAGGAAGAUCUGACUCCCAUCGGCGGCGUGGACGAGGACGAAGGAAAAAGCUUGGAGGAAGAAACGACGAUUCUCAACGAAGCCAAGCGGCAAGAUCUGACAGUCCGAUUCAAGAAGGCGGCCGACGGCGUCUAUGUGGAAGCCAAACGUAGUGCGAUUGGCGGCAUGACCCAGGUGCCUCUGUAUUUCUACGGCCUACUGCUCGCCCUGGGCUGGAAUGAGAUUGUAGCCGUGCUCCGAAACCCCGUCUACUUCAUGUUCUUGAUCGUUCUCGCCAUCGGCGCCUACGUCACGUACACCCUCAAUCUCUGGGGCCCGAUGUUUAAGAUGGCCAACGCGGCAUCCCAGCAAGCCCUGGAAGAAGGCAAGAAACGCCUGCGCGAGUUUUUGGAGGAAAGUCCGCGUGCACGACAUGCCAUGGCAAUGACGACGGGCAACGAAGAAUACGAAAUGAAGAGCAUGAGCUCGGUCAAAGCCUCUCAGUCCAGAAAUGGCGGAGCCGAGGAUUCUGGAGGAGAAGACAUCGACGAGAUCUAG